AUGAAAUUCUUAGCAGUCCUAUGUAUUUUUAUCUUCUCUGUUGCUUUUGCAUAUGGUUGUGAUGACAAUCCAUGUGGUAAUGGUACAAUUAGUGUUACCUCAUAUUUUUUAUGUGAUUGUAUUGACGCUGAAGGUUUCACCGAUGUGACAAUAAACACUACCAAAUUAAUAGAAUGGGAUAUGGGUGAAAAUCAUUUUAAUAUAUAUAAAGUUAAAGUUCAUAAUUGGAGUAAUUUCCCUAUAACAAAUGUUAUAAUGUCUAUAGAUUCAGGAGUUCUUGACAGUUCUUUGAGUUUGAUAUCCAAUGAUCCCGAAAAAAUGCUCACCUAUAAAAGACCCAUUGCAAGAAUUGAAAGAAACAGUGACUAUAGUUUUGCUAUCACUACAAUUGGUUUUGAUGAACCAAAUAUAAUCCUUGAUGCAGUUACUUUUUAG